UUGGUGCAUUUUUUAUUCUAAUUAUAAGAAAUAUAAACUUUAAAUCAUUGAUUUUUAUUCCCUUAUUUUAUAAAAUGUUUCAAAAGUCUGGAACAAAGUAAAAAAUUCUACAAUACUCUUAUUUCAUUAUCUUGGGUCUGGACGUGGCAUAAAGCUAAAUUUAUUUUGAAUGGGUAGGUACGAUAGUGUUUGAAUUUCAUGCCCAAAGCUUCCAGCUGUCUAGAGUUUGGUCUGUACUAAAGCAAAUCCAUCCUCUCCAACCAAAUAUUUUGUGUAACUAAAAUUAAGUCAAAUCCUAACCAUUGAAAUUGGUUAUUACACAAUAAUUAAGAAACAGAAUAUGAUGAUUCAAUGGUAUGCAUCCGUGGUCAAGUGAAUGACUAAUUGCGGGUCAAACAUAAACAAAUUGUCAGAUCUCAAGAACUAUGAAAGCCAACAAGUGUUGAAAACAAAUUAACACACACAUUAUUACAACAUCGUAGACCAUGGUCUCUCCAAAAGUACUUUCUUUCUUUUUUCUACUUUUUACUCUGAUAUCUCAAGCUACUGCCAAGCCAGAAUACCCAUACGCUGUUUGCAUCACAGAAGGUGGAGAUUAUGCCCCUAAUAGCACCUACCAGACCAACCUCAAUACCGUUCUUUCAAGGAUCAUUUCCACCACACAAAAUGAUUAUGGCUUCUACAAUUCCUCCUAUGGCCAAGAACCCGACAGAGUCUACGCAAAUGGGCUUUGCAGAGGAGACGUUACCCCACAUGCUUGCCUUACUUGCCUCAACAAUUCUCAUUUACUUCUCCUAAAGCAGUGUCCACAUCAGAAGCGUGCAAUAGGAGGAUAUGCUGAAUGCAUGCUGCACUAUUCAUAUCGCUCGGUACUAGGUUACUAUGAUUCUGAUUUCCGGGUCUACUUGCAGAGUAAAACUAAUGUAAAAGAUUGGGAUCAGUACAGUUACGUGCUGAUGAAGUUGCUGUCAAGACUAAAAGUGAAAGCUGCAACAACUGAUUCCUAUCUGAAUCGUAAAUAUGCUUCAGGAAAUGCAACAAUUCCGGGUUCUCAAACUAUAUUUGCCGUUGUUCAGUGCGCACCUGACUUGACAGUGGCACAAUGCAACGACUGCUUAGAUGGUGCCAUUUCAGAAAUACCAAAAUGUUGUAAUCACAUGUCAGGUGGUGUGGUUAUUAAAUUCAGGUGUAACUUCAGAUACGAGAGCUCUAGGUUUUAUGAGCCAACGGCUGAUACACUAACACUACAAUUGUCACCACUAGAAUCUCCAUCUCCUUCACCUACACCAGCAUCUACAACUGCAAAUUACCCAGAGAGUACUUAUCAUGGAAAAGGCAACAAAUCACAAGCUGCAAUCGCUAAAUAUGUUGUGCCUAUUGUUGUCUUUGUUGGGUUUCUGAUCUUUGUUUGCAUCUAUUUAAGAGUGAGAAAGCCAACAAAACUGUUUGAGAGUGAAGCUAAGGUUGAUGAUGAAAUUGAGCAAGUAGGGUCAUCACUAUUUGACUUUGACACCAUCAGAGUCGGUACAAACAACUUCUCCCCUGCCAACAAGCUAGGACAAGGUGGAUUUGGACCUGUUUACAAGGGGAUGCUCUUCAAUGAACAAGAAGUAGCAAUCAAAAGGUUAUCUAGCAAUUCUGGCCAAGGAGAAAUUGAAUUCAAGAAUGAAGUGCUAUUAAUGUCCAGGCUUCAGCAUCGAAAUUUAGUUAGACUCCUUGGUUUCUGUUUUGAAAGAGAAGAACGACUCCUUGUCUAUGAGUUUCUUCCUAAUAAAAGCCUUGACUACUUCUUAUUUGACCCCAUCAAGCGUGCACAUUUGGACUGGAAAACACGCUACAAAAUAAUUGAAGGCAUUGCACGUGGCCUUCUUUAUCUUCAUGAGGAUUCUCAGAGGAGGAUUAUUCACCGUGAUCUCAAAUUGAGUAAUAUUCUUUUAGAUGCCGAUAUGAAUCCCAAGAUUUCAGAUUUUGGCUUUGCAAGGCUGUUUAAUGUGGAUCAAACUCUGUUUAAUGCAAGUAAAAUUGCAGGAACCUACGGAUACAUGGCACCUGAGUAUGCAAGGCAUGGAAAACUCUCAAUGAAGUUAGAUGUCUUUAGUUUUGGUGUAAUAAUACUAGAGAUUGUAAGUGGCCAAAAGAAUGGUGGAUUUCGUAAUGGAGACAAUGUGGAGCAUCUAUUAAGCAUUGCUUGGACAAACUUGAGGAAAGGAACAACAACUAAUAUUAUAGAUCCCACCUUAAAUAAUGCUUUCAGAGAUGAAAUAGUUAGAUGCAUUUACAUUGGGCUACUUUGUGUUCAAGAAAAGGUUGCUGAUAGACCAACAAUGGCUUCAGUGGUGCUUAUGCUUGAGAGCCACUCUUUUGCUUUACCAGUUCCUUUGCAACCAGCUUAUUUUAUGAACAACAGUUGUUUAUCAGACAUCCAGUUUUUGGGGUGCAGUUCUGCGGAAACAGGAUCAAAUGAACAGAGAAGUAACUCUGCUGAUGUAUCAGCAAAUGAGGCUUCAAUUAGUAGUCUAUAUCCUCGGAAGGAGUAUGAGACAAUGGUUGCACAUGGGUUUAAAAAUAAAACUAUGGGUUCAUUAAUUAUGGGAGCUUGCCAUCAAUCUUCUCUUUGUCACAUCCCAUUCAUUCACAAUUUCAGGAUGGCUGCUAUGGCCAUAGUUUCUAAAACUUUGCUCUUAUUUGUUAUUCUCCUUGUCAAUAUGUCUCUAGCCACAGCACAGCCAAACUUCGUAAAAUAUUACUGUAUUGACAAAAAUGGCAACUACACUGCUAACAGCACCUUCCACGCCAAUCUCAACACCCUUUUGUCCAACCUCUCUUCCAACACUGAAAUUGACUAUGGCUUCUACAAUUUCUCCAAUGGCCAAAACUCUGACAAAGUCAACGUUAUUGGGAUGUGUAGAGGAGAUCUUAAGCCAGAAUCUUGCCGAAGUUGCCUCAAGAAUUCAAGAAUCCUUCUCACACAGCUUUGUCCAAACCAGAAGGAGGCAAUUGGGUGGUAUGAUCAGUGCAUGUUGCGCUACUCUACCCGCUCAAUAUUUGGAAUUAUGGAAUCUGAUCCUUGGUAUUUGAUAUGGAACAACAGAAAUGCAACAAAUGAGGAUCAGUAUAAUGAAGUUGUCGGGGACCUUCUGAGAAGUCUAGGAAACGGAGCUGAAGCAGGUGAUUCUCACCGUAAGUAUGCUCAAGCAAACAAAACAGGUCCAAACUUUCAAACUGUAUAUGCUCAUGUUCAAUGCACACCUGAUUUGUCAGAGUUGGAAUGCAAUCAGUGCUUGUUUAUUGCAAUAUUAUAUAUCCCAAACUACUGUGCUGGUAAGGUACGUUGCAGAAUUUUCGAACCUAGUUGUAAUCUUAGAUUUGACACCACCCCAUACUUUGAUCCUAUUACUACCAUGACUGCGCCGCCUUCGCUGACACCGCAACCAUUUCCUUCUCCUCCUCCAUCCAUUCCUGCCAGGUUCAAAAAAGGUAUGAGCAAAUCAGGGCGAACUGUCAUUGCCAUAAUUAUGCCAAUUGUCUCCAUAAGUACAUUUGUCAUCUUUACGUGCAUGUAUUUAACAGGAAGGAAUAGGAAGAAUUUUGAAAGUGAAUCUGAAGCUGAAUAUGAAAUUGAACCAACUGAGACAUUACAAUUGGACUUCCAAACCAUUAUAGACGCAACAAAUAACUUUGCAGAUGCAAAUAAGGUUGGACAAGGUGGAUUUGGACCAGUCUACAAGGGUAGACUUCCCAAUGGCAAAGAAGUUGCUAUCAAACGGUUGUCCAGGGGUUCUGGCCAAGGAGAUAUAGAAUUCAAAAAUGAACUGCUAUUAGUAGCAAAGCUGCAACACCGAAAUUUAGUAAGACUAUUGGGAUUUUGUUUGGAAACAGGAGAAAGGAUACUGGUGUACGAGUUUCUUCCCAAUAAAAGCCUUGACUACUUCAUAUUUGAUCCAAUCAAACGUUUAUUUUUGGAUUGGGAAAGACGUUACAAGAUUAUAGAAGGUAUUUCUCGAGGUCUUCUUUAUCUUCAUGAAGAUUCAAGACUGCGUAUUAUUCAUCGUGAUCUCAAAGCAAGCAACAUACUCUUAGACGAUGAAAUGAAUCCUAAGAUAUCAGAUUUUGGCAUGGCAAGAUUGCUUGUUGCAGAUCAAAGUCUCGGAAAUACAAUUAGAGUUGUUGGAACCGUUGGAUAUAUGGCACCCGAAUAUGCAAUGCAUGGACAUUUCUCAGUGAAGUCAGAUGUUUUUAGUUUUGGUGUACUAGUUCUUGAGAUAGUGACUGGACACAGAAAUGGUGAUAUCCAUGACAGCGGUUACGUACAACAUCUAAUAAGUUUUGUAUGGAGGAACUGGAGGAAAGAGACUGCCUUAAGUAUUGUAGAUCAAACACUGAGCAAUUAUUCUAGAAAUGAAAUAAUGAGAUGCAUUCAUAUUGGAUUACUGUGUGUUCAAGAAAACUUAGUCAACAGACCAACCAUGGCAACCGUUGUAAACAUGUUUAGCAGUAACUCUCUCACUCUUCCAGUACCCUCUCAACCUGCAUAUUCUAUGAAUGCUAGAGAUCCAUCGGAUACAAGAUUAGAUGAAUCAAGAAACAACUGCAUGCAAGCAUCAUCAAAUGAGGCUUCCAUUAGUGAGUUAGAUCCUCGUUAGAAAAUUUUACUAUAGUGUUGACGACACUCAAAAGCAUUACUUGUUGAUUUUAAUUCAGCUCCCUCAAGCCAAAAGCAUGCUUGUUGUUCAGUGAUAGAAAGAAAGCAUAACUUGUAGAAUUCUCCAAUCACAUCAAAAUCUAAGCUAGCCAUUAAUUUAUAUUAAUACAUCCAGAAUGUAAUAGUGUAAUGAGGGGCUUUGUUAAUUUAUUUUAAUAGAAGUAAUUCAUAAUG